CAGGUGUUGCCAGGUGUGAGUAGGACAGUCGCAACAACCGACACAGACAACACCGCAGCACGAAUCCAAUCACUGCCGUCGGAAGUUUAUGGACAUUUGGAAUAUCUGCGACGAUUGAAGUCCAUGAUAACCUUCUCACAAGCACACUUUGUAAACGCCUGGAUCCCACAUAACCAGGACUUCUCGGGUGGAAGACAUGACCCAAACCUCCAAACAAGUGACAUCCAAUGAGCUCACACAGGACAACAAUCAAUCUGGGGAAGGCAAAUGGAGCUCAGAAGAACAAGAGGGGCUGGAAGUCAGCGGGCAGUGCAUAGCAGCACCUCAGUCACCUGAAGCACUGCUCUACACUAGUUAUAAACAGAGGAGUGAUGAGUUUCGGAGGUUAUUUAAAGAGGUGCCUGAGUCUGAGAAACUAAUUGCAGACUACACCUGUGCUCUCCAAAAGGAUAUCUUGUUACAGGGACGCAUCUACCUUACAGAGAAUUGUUUAUGCUUCUACAGUCAGGUUUUUCGUGGUACAAAAAUCACAAUAAAUAUGCAGGACAUCAUCUCAAUGUCACGCGAAAAGACAGCGAAGUGGAUACCAAAUGCCAUCCAGAUCAGUACUAAUUCAGAGAAGUUGUUCCUCAGCUCAUUUUCAGCAAGGGAGAAAAGUUACCUUGGCACGUUCCGUCUUUGGCAGAAUGUUCUAAUGGAGAAGAAACUAACCAAGUCGGAGCUGUUGCAGAUGGUCAAGCAGCAUUAUGGCAGCGACUUAGGAUUGAGUCAUGAUGAAAUGGAAAGCUUUCAAACAUCAGUAGAAGCUGUCACACCUACCGUGCCCAGUCUGAAUAUGCGUGGAGAGGAUUACACCGGGAGGCCAGAAAGGCCCACAUCGCUUCGACUUCCCCAAGGUGAGCUGAAUUCUUAUGAGGCCACCACACCACAGGGAGACGACACACAGUCUUCAGUUGGACUGCAAAGUUUGCUCUCGGCAAAUGGAGGGGACGACACACUCAGUACCCCAUCUCAUCAGCGCAGUCCAAAUCUAUCAUUAAACCGCUCAGGGUCUGAACGAGUUUCUAAACGCUCCUCUCUCUCUCUGGAUCUGAAUGCCAAUGAAGACCAGCUCUCGGAUAACAGCAGAUCAGACAGCCUGGAGGAGGUGGAAGAACGUGAGACAGCGUCUCCGGUGUCUCAGGGAAGGCUGUUUGUUAACCGGGUCUUUCACAUCAGUGCUGAGAAGAUGUUUGAUCUGCUUUUCACUGAUUCUAGUUUCACGCGGAGGUUUAUGGAAAUCAGGAAGAUCAUAGGUGCAACCUCAACCUCUUGGCAAAAGGAGGCCUCUGGCGGUAUGAAAAGGACUUUGAACUAUACCAUCACGAUUAAUAACCCCCUGGCUGGCAAGUUCUCCACUGCUACAGAAACCCAGACACUAUAUAAAGAGUCGAGGGAGGGUCAGUACUACAUGAUAGAUUCGGAGGUCUACACACAUGAUGUACCGUACCAUGACUACUUCUACACCCAGAAUCGCUACUGUAUCAUCCGCAACUCCAAGCACAAGUGCAGACUCAGGAUUUACACUGAUGUCAAAUACAAAAAGCAGCCCUGGGGUCUUGUUAAAUCCUUUAUUACAAAAAACUCCUGGAGUGGCUUAGAAGACUACUUUAGACACCUUGAGGCAGAGCUGCUAGAAGAAGAGGCAGAGUUGACUCAAGGAAGUGGAGAUGCUGGAAAGACGAGUGGUUUGCGCAGGAGGCGAAGAACUUACAGUCGCACCCUACAGGAACACAUGAAACCAGGGAAGCAGUACAGCGCAGAUUCAGAUCAGCAGAGAGCUGGCACCAUGGGUGCCAUGGAUAUAAAGAACACACAACACAGAUGGAACAUCACUUCAAUUGUAUUUGCGAUGAGCUUAAUACUUUUUGUUCUGGUGGUUCUGAACUUGGGGCUGUUCUUUAAACUUUGGGCCAUGGAAGACGUCGCUCACCGUUUAUAUCUAAACACCAAGCACAGAAUGAAGGAGAGAGUAGAGUCCAGUAGUUUAGCACCCGACUUAGGCCCUAGACAGGGCAUGCCCCACAGAAGUCGAGAAGAACUGCAUCUACUGAGGGCAGUGCUGCAGGACUCCAUUCACCUUCUAGAACAGCUACGCAGUUCUCUUGUGGUGCUUCAGCAGAACUUUCAGGUCUACAACAGAUCCUCCUCUCAGCUUUAAUCGGCAUUGAUUUUGGUGACCUGACAACACAAGGGUAUUCUUCCCAUAAGACCUGUCCUCGCUGAGGAGUGUUGCCAUAGGUACUAUGACUCCAGGGCACACUCGUAGCCAUGUUCAUCGUCUCUCUGGGCUUUUUUGUUAUGGUUGGAUUUUUCUUUUGAGUGCUGUUUUUAUCUUGGAGGGGAUCUUCGCAUUGGUACGCUCCGUUUUGCGAGUUUCCUCUUGGAUUUACUAACGACCUUGAAGCUACCGUUAAACAUUAAAGUAACAACAGUGUAGCAGGUUGAAGCACAAAGGUUUCUCACGGUCAGCUUCUCAACUGCUAGAUGCUACUGUAAUUUGAUGGACGGAUUUUUUUUCUUCUGGACUACAGUAGAAGCAUUAAUGUAAUGGAUUCAGUGCAAUUGCACAGGAUCUUCAAUUUAAUUAUGAAGGGGGCAAUGCAGGCCCAUUGCUUCUAAAGAUCUGCCUAAAAUUUAGUCACAUGGCUUUUUUUGUCUUGAUUUAGAUACUGAUCUAUUUCUAAGAUACCUCUAAGAAUUUGUAAAUGAUUGCACCUUAAAACCUUAUUAAAACAGGGAUCACUAAUGACAGUUGAUUGUGCUUAUUGAAAUAGUAGAAGUUCUGAACGUUCAACAGGAUUUUAAUAGCGUCUAAAGAGUACAGGUUUGUGUGAAGAUGUAAUAUCUGAGGUUUACUGUAAAGGAUGAGUGGUGAUGUUUAAUGUUUUAUAAUUGUUUACACACUUGAUCUUUACCACUUUUGUUGUUCAACUUUUAGGGACUGUAUCGUCACUGUGAACUAAUUUGUAACACAUUCUUGUAAAUUAUUUACGAUUGGAAAAUUGUGGUAAUUUAUCAAAAGAGAAUGUAAACCCUCAAGCAUUUAAUUCUCUCACAGGAAAAUAUGUAAGGGGUGGAGGUGUAUAGAUGUCUAUUUUUCUGCAUAGAUUGAAAUUGUUCUUCUGAAUUUUUUUAUGACAUGUCUUCUGAACCUAUUUAUGAAUAAAAUUUCCAUGGCAUUAC